GAGAGAGAGUGAGAGAGAGCGGGAUGCUGACAGAUUCCUGAUAGAUGGUUAAAAUGGCGAAAGCUUGUUCGACCCCAGCGAGCCACCAAACUGUAGCACAGUAGGUCGGAACAUGUAGUAACUGGAGCUGGAUAUCUCUCUGCGUGUUUUCGUUUUUUUUUUUUUUCCAAAAAAACCCCGUCUUCUCGUCUCACGUGGUUUUCUGCAAGUGCUGGAAUAUUUUUUUUUUUUCUUUAAUUGUUUAAAUGGCAUCCACAAGGCGCCGCCGCCUUGUGCCGUGCUUUUUGGGGAUACUCCUGAAUGCUUUAAUCGGUGUCAUGUGUGAAGCAGAGCUCUCCUUUACCCUGGAGCCCGCUGACAUCAUCGCUGUACAGGAGCAGCCCCUCAUGCUCCACUGCCAGGUGGAUGGCAUCCCCCCUAUUACAACUCAGUGGAGGCAAAACGGCCUGCUUUUAACUCAGGAUCAACAUCACACCACCUUCAUCAACGGCUCACUCCUCGUUGGUCACUUUCAGAAGACCAAAUCUGACGGCUCGUCUGACGAGGGAGACUACGAGUGUGUGGCCCAGAACUCUUUUGGGCUGGUAGUGAGCCGCAAAGCUCGGAUUCAGGCAGCAACCAUGGCAGACUUCCAUGUCCAACCAGAGUCAGUGCAUGCUGAGGAGUCUGGUGUGGCCAGAUUCCAGUGCCAGAUCCACGGUCUGCCAGAGCCCGUCAUCAGUUGGGAAAAAGACAGUCAACCGGUGGAUACCAAGGACGAGAGGUACACUCUUCUGCCUACAGGUGUUCUGCAGAUUACAGGCGUGCGUGACGAGGACAGUGGAAAGUUCUGCUGUGUGGCCCAUAACAGUGCAGGAGUGAAACAUAGCACUGAGGCACUCCUCACAGUUUCAGACUACCAGUCAUCUGUUUACAAAGAGCCCAUGAUCCUGGUCGGUCCAGAAAACCUCACCCUCACUGUUCACCAAACGGCCAUCUUGGAGUGUGUUGCUACCGGAUACCCUCGGCCCAUCGUUUCUUGGAGCCGAUUAGAUGGCCGACCAAUCGGUGUGGAGGGAAUCCAGGUGCUCGGCACAGGGAACCUUAUGAUCUCAGAUGUUGGUGUGCAGCACUCAGGGGUCUACGUGUGUGCCGCUAACAAACCAGGCACCCGCGUUCGCAGGACGGCUCAGGGACGUCUGGUGGUGCAAGCUCCUGCAGAGUUCAUUCAAGCUCCGCAGUCCCUCGCUCGGCCCGUCGGCACCACCGCCAUCUUCACCUGCCAGGCCCAGGGCGAGCCUGAGCCCCAGCUCACCUGGCUGAAGAACGGGCAGAUUCUGGAGCCGGGGGGACACGUCAAACUCAGGAACAACAACAGCACACUGACGAUAUACGGUAUCAGCCAGGACGAUGAGGCGAUCUACCAGUGUAUUGCUGAGAACAGCGCCGGCUCCACACAGGCCAGCGCCCGCCUCACAGUACUGUGGGCUGAUGGACUGCCCGGUGUGCCCAGUAAUGUGCAGGCGGAGGCCCUCUCACCCACAACCAUCCAGGUGUCCUGGAGGGAGCCCGAUCAAAACACUCAGGACAUCAUCGGCUACGUGCUUCAUAUCCGCAGAACCUCAGACCCUGUGGAGAUGGAGUAUGAGGAGGCUGUCAGCAAGGUGACGCUGCAGCAGAUCAUCAGGGACCUGGAGCCCUCCACCAGCUACACCUUCUACGUCAAGGCCUACACUUCCCACGGGGCCAGCAAACCAUCGGACAGUGCAACCGAGAGCACUCAUGGGGAAGUUCCAGCACCUCCUUCCCUCUACACCAAGGUUGUGAACGGCAGUGUUGUACAAGCGACAUGGGAACCUUCCUCCAAGAUGGGCCAACAUCAAGGCUUCAGACUGUUUUACAGACGGGCCCACACACCUAUGUUUACUGGUCCCAUCGACUUUCCCCGCAACGUCACCCAGUACAACAUCACUCAGCUGGAUCCUUCCCUGGUCUAUGAAAUAAAGCUGAUUGCGUACAACCAACAUGGAGAUGGCAAUGCCACUGUGCGAUUUGUUUCACUUCGGGAGGCAUUGGAGAAAUCUGUGUUGGAUGUCCCAUGUGACUGUGGGAAAGAUGAACAGAGCAAAACUUCCACAACAGGCAUCAUAAUCGGUAUUCACAUCGGAGUCACCUGCAUCAUCUUCUGUGUGCUCUUCCUUGCCUUCAGCUAUCGCGGCAGGUUAAUGAUGUGUAAGACGGUUCAGGCCACGCCUCAGGCGGGGCACAGCGCCGUGCUGGAAUCCUCUUCCUCUUCCCAGGGGGCCUCUGGGCUGAAUGGAGCUGCCAGGAGAGAGAUGGAGGUCAACGGCAGCUCAGUGGGAAAGAAAGUGGUCGACAGCAACGAACUGGAGAGACUUUUCACUCGACCAAACACACAAGACACAUGCAUGUCUGACUCCUACGCGCUGAACGACACCCAGCUGUCCAUGAUACCACUGGACGAGUUCGCAGUGGAGCGAGAGACGCAGUUCCAGGAGCCUCCUGCAGCAGGAGCGAGUCGGAAGGACCAAGGCUAAUCACGUAUGAAGGCCAUUUCACAAGACGCUGUCCACAGUGUCUACAUAGACUCUACUCUCACUCAGGUUGACAAUUUUUCCUUUCAAAGUAGUUUUUCCUUUUGUGCAAAAGAUGUUUUUUUAUUGGUAAGUUAAGAAUAUCUAGAGGAUCUAGGACUGUAUGUCAGAGUGUUGUUGUUUUUUUUUGGCCUGAGGUUUCAAAGAGCUCUCCUCUGAUUGGACGGCUGUUUCGAGCCAAGCAGGCCAUAUUUUAUUUUUUUUAUUUGUACGAUUUGGUUUAAUUUUCUGGUGUUAGGCAGCACACAGAAUAGAAGCCCCAGAAUGUCCUUGUUAUACAAUGAUGCUUUUAUUUUCAGUUUAUAAAUAUAUAUAUACACAUAUAUAUAUAUAUAUAUAUCUUUAUUACCUAUAUGUCAAAGUGGAUUUAAGUUAUUGGUCUUAUCUCUACGUUUCUGUGGAUGUCAAAGACUCCUGCUGCCUGCUUACACCUACCAAUGAUUCCACCUUCUCGCUCGCGGAAGACCUCAGCCUUCGUCCAGGGAUUGGAUAGAUUCUCAGUCUCAGGACAUUGUUUCAGUGAUAUCAACGUUUUGUAUGAUUUCUCGGCCUUCAUACAGACACUAGCCUUGGCUGUGUGAACCUUACGACUCAACAAAAACCUACCUCAGCCGGAAUGAAUGUGUUGCGGGAAGCUUUUAGGGACAUAACCUUCCCGGUUCUCACAAAUUUACUUUACACGCGGAGGGACUGAAGAAUUACAAGAUCAGGUGCCGCACUACCUCAGAUGUCAAAAAUCGUCCCUCUUUCUCUUGCUUGUCAAAGCAAAACAAAAAAAACAAAAAAAUCAAACAAAAAAAGAUGAUCCAACAUAAAGCACUUCCAAAUGCUGAAGUUAAUGUUCUACCUCAAGAUAACAAAGUUAAUGUUGUCGCUGUUAUUGUUGUUGUUGUUUGUCUGUUUAUUGCAUAAUGAAUACCCCUCUUUUCUCCUUCUGGGAAACUUCCUUCUGUUGAUGGAAACCUUGUUUGUAGAUCCGUCAGUACCUCAUGCCGGUUGGCAGACUAAUAACACUGUUGUAUGAGUUACAGUAUCUUGCAAAUGUGUUUGAAUUAUGCUGUUCCAUUAUGGGUUUUUUUUUUUUACAUUAUAUAUCACUCAAAUGAACAUUUUCAGGGGAGGAGGGGGGCGUUAGAUGUAGUUGCUUCAGUUGAGUAACGAUCAUUUGAAAUACACUGCAUUGCUAAUGAUAUUUUCAGGACUAUUUACUGCUAAAUGAGACAUCACGCAGAAUGUCUAAUUGGACAAAUAAUAUAACGUACAGACAUCAUGUGUGUGUUUAAAAUGAGUGCUAUGAAUGAGGUCUGUGUGUGUUUGUGUGAGAUAUGUUUAAUGGAUUGAAUGACUGUUUCAUAUAUAUGAUGUUUGUAAAACAAGAUGAAAAUGAAGCACAAAUCUCAUCACCAUAUUCUCCUAUUGUUGGUGUGAUGAUUUAAAGGAACAGUCUGACCUUUUUGGAAAUAUUCUUAAUGGUUUUCUU